AUGGGUCUUCCAUGUUCACAUCUCAUCAGAGACCUUACAUGUCCUGCCAAUGGUGACCACACUGAUCUUCAGCUUCUUUUACAAUCUCUUGCACAACAGUACCAAUUCUGGCCAUCACACCAACAAGCUGCUGCUCAUACCCAAUUGGAAGAAUUGUCUUCUGCUCCUCCUGAUGUACUGGAAAACCCUGAAGUUAGUAAGUCACAAGGAAGACCAAUUGGAGCAAGAAACUGA